GCGCCCGUUCUGGCAGAGCUCGGUGACGGCGGAGGAGUCAGUGGAAGCCAUGACUGGGAGCCCGGUGCGGCACACGGCGCAGGGCCGGAUGUGAAGACAAAGCCGGAACCAGCCGGAGCCCCGGCCUCCAUCCCUGACUAUCUGCUGAUAACAUCGGAAAUCCUCAAUGAACAUUCAACUUCAACGAGUCCUAAGAAUGGGCGACAUCUGCCCCUUAUUGCUGAAACACCUAAAAAUCUUUACUCUACAUAAAAGAUGUAUAAGUCUUAACAGAGUUCAGAAGUGUCAACGAAGAGUAGUCAUAACUGGUGUUGGUAUCGUAUCACCUGUUGGCACUGGCACUCAAUUGGCAUGGCAUAAUCUGAUUCAAGGUAAAAGUGGAAUAGUUGCUCUAGAAGGGAAAGAGUAUGAAAGUAUUCCUUGCAGAGUCGCUGCUCGUGUUCCAAGGGGUCAUCGAGAUGGAGAGUUUUUUGAAGAACGGUAUGUUUUAAAGUCGGAGCUAAAGACAAUGUCAUCUGCUACAAUUUUCGCUUUAGCAGCUGCCGAGGAAGCAAUAAAUGAUGCCAACUGGUUUCCAAAGACUGAAGAAGAACAAGGGUCUACUGGUGUGGCAAUAGGCAUGGGAAUGGUUCCUCUUGAUGUCAUUACAGACACUGCCAUGUUACUUCAGUCAAAGGGGUACAAUAAAAUAAGUCCCUUCUUUGUUCCUAGGAUCUUAGUCAAUAUGCCUGCAGGACACAUCAGUAUUAAGUACAAGCUUAAAGGACCGAACCAUGCUGUUUCAACAGCUUGUACGACAGGAGCACACGCUAUUGGAGACUCAUUUCGAUUCAUCACUCAUGGAGAUGCUGAUGUUAUGUUGGCUGGAGGGACAGAAGCUUGUAUUGGCCGUUUGUCACUUGCUGGAUUUGCAAGAGCGCGAGCACUGAGUACUAGCUAUAACACCACUCCACAGAAAGCUUGUCGGCCUUUUCAUCCUGAACGUGAAGGUUUUGUGAUGGGAGAGGGAGCAGCAGUGCUUGUAUUAGAAGAAUAUGAACAUGCAGUGGCAAGAGGUGCCAAAAUGUAUGCUGAGGUACUAGGCUAUGGAUUGUCAGGGGAUGCAUGUCAUAUAACUGCUCCAAGUUCUGAAGGCGAUGGGGCAUUCAGGUCCAUGAGAGCAGCCAUUAUGAAUUCCAAGUUACAGAUAGAAGAUGUGACUUAUAUUAAUGCUCAUGCCACCUCCACCCCUCUUGGUGAUGCUGCAGAGAACAGAGCUAUCAAAAGGCUGUUUGGAGAACACGCAUAUUCACUGGCGGUAUCUGCAACUAAAGGAGCUACAGGUCACCUGCUUGGUGCGUCAGGGGCUAUUGAAGCAGCAUUUACAGUUCUGUCAUGUUAUCAUGGAACAGUACCACCUACUCUGAACCUCGACAGAACAGAGCCUGAAUUUGAUCUUAAUUAUGUCCCUCUUAAAGCACAAGAGUGGAAACCUGGGAAGAGGCAUGUAGCUUUGACUAACUCAUUUGGCUUUGGAGGAACUAAUGCUACACUUUGUUUUGGAAGAAUAUGAACAUAUUCUAUAUAUUUUUGUGUUUGUAGAUUACAAAAGUGUAAUUUAAUUGCAAAAACCUGUUUGUUUGUUUUUUUUCUUUUCCCCUUUCCAAAACUUUCUAAAGGGGUUUUGAGACUGUCAGAUUUUGGUUUUCACAAAAUUUGCUGCUUCAGUGUUUUUAGUUUAUUUUUAUUUUUUUAGUGUUCAGCUUCAAGACGUCUGCACUCCGCCCUGGCCUGCUUGAUGUCAGCUUUUGGGCCUAAUCUUGAUUCAUGGCAAUAUAUUCUUACCUAAUCAGUGCUUGGAGUUUGUCACUAUGUCUGUGUUUUUGUUUGUCCUCCUGCUUUUUGAGGAUUGACUACAGGUGCUCUAUAGGAUUGAGAUCUGGGAAGUUUCCUGGCCGUGGACCCAAAAUUUUAAUGUUUUGUUCACCGAGUUAAUUAGAUAUGCUGCAAAAAGCAUCGUUUUUUACCAAAUUGCUCAUGGAUCAUUCGCAGAAGAUGCUUUUGGAGGAUGUUUUCAUACUAUUCUUUAUUCAGUGUUUUUAGGCAAAAGUGUAAGUGAUAAAAAGCAACCAGACAUAUGAAUGCUGUCAGGAUGGUUUACUGUUAACAUGACCCAGGAUUCAUUGUAGUGCUCGCUUUUUCUUUCUUUUAAUUGCCCCAAACAGGGUAAAGAGGGUUUCAUCAGAGAAAUGUACAGGGGUUAUCCAGGAAUAAUAAAAAAUAAAAAUUAAAAAAACUGAGCUAAUUUCUUUUAAAAACCCUCCCUGUCUGCCUCCAGGUUGGGUGUGGUUCUGCAGCUUAGUUCCAUUGAAGUGAAUGGAGCCAAAUUGUUAUACCACACCCAACCUAGAGACAGACUGAGAGUGGAUUUUAAAGAAAUUAGCUCUGUUUUUCUAUUCCUGUAUAACCUCUUUAACUUUAUUCCAGUCCUAUCCAUGUAGCUCCUGGAGAAUGACAGUCUGUCCUUUUCUUGGAGAGAAGUGGCUUCUUUGCUGGCCUUCUUGUCAUCAGGCCAGGCUCGGAAAGCUUUCGCUUCACAGAUGCACCGACACCUACCUGCUGCUACUCCUGAGCGAGCUCUGCAUUGCUGUAGAACUGAUCCCAUUGCUGAAUACUUUUUAGAAGACAGUCCUGGCAGUUGAAGGUAUCUACACAUCCUCCCAAGAGCAGCUUCUUCAAUCUAUCCAGUAGCAAUGAUUCAGUGGUGAUGAACAAUGCUUUUUCCACCAUGGCGGAGCACCAUGCCAUCAGGUAAAUGCGAACCUGUGGUCAAUCCUUAAAAAGCAGAUGGACAAACAAUCACAGAAAUAGUGAUAAAUUCCAUGCACAGAAGAGGCAAGAAUUGGUUGCCAUUAGUCAGAAUUUUGGUCCAGAGGUGAGGGCGAAGUGCAGAAGUCUUGAAAAAGGAAAGUCAACACUGUAAAUGUUAAGUGUUUGCAUAAACUAUUAUUAUUUUUUUUUUUCAAUAAAAGCUUAGACACUUCUGAAAUGCUUAUAAUUUUCUUCAGCAUACUGUAGAAACAACUUACUUCAAAGA